CUCACAUUCCCACAAGCGUAGACGCGCUUUGGAGGAACUGGAUGGAGCUGCCUCGUCUCUCUCCGCAUCAGAGGACUAAAAGCACGCUUUUACUCUCCGCUUUACCCUGCUCGACGCUUUUUUUUAAAAUGUAACAACUUGCGGCUGAGAUUUUCUAACAAGAGUUGUAUUUUUUUUCAAAGAUUACAUCAAGUUUUUGGACGCAAAUAUCGGGAAAUCGAGUUUUACGCAUUACAGCCAAGAAGGACCUCACAUCAGCCGCUUUUGUCUUUCCCCCAAUGAAACAAGGAGUAUUUUUCCAGCUGAGGAAUUACAACCUGAGCGUUUACGACUUUAAAUAGGCGGAAUGUGUUGAAGGAUUUUCCUGCAGUCGUAAAAAGGAGCGUGUUUCGCCGCCCUCAUUGUUCUGAGCGCGCGUUCUCUCCAUAUGGCGUAAAAACGUGUUCCGCGCCGAAGAAAGUCGUCAAGCAGACACGUCGAAAGCUCGCAAACCCAACUUGACACGGGCAAACUGUAAUAAUGGCGUUGCCUGGUCCCCAUUAAAGACCUUGCAUGUGAGUAAAGACCGUGCUGCUGUUUUCCAGACCCUGCAGGGAGCUUUAACUGUCUCCUGUAAUCUACAUUUUCUCCGGAAUUGCUUUUCAUUGGAAGUAGCCUUCAAAGUAGAAGAUGGCUUUUUACUUCCCACCAGUUUACAGCCUAAUCCCCCUCCUUGCCUAAUGGCACAGUGACCGUGAAAACUCGGCUUUUUGCAAAGGUUAAGUAUGACUGCAGCAGCAGGUGUUCUAACAGGCUUGGCUAAGCUAAAACGGCAAGACUCUGCCCGUUCUCAGCACCGGCCCAUACCACCUACAUCGCCAGGCCUGGGAAACCCCAACCCAGAGGCUGCCCCCAGAAAGCGUAAAAGACGCACCGAUGUUGUGGUAGUACGAGGAAAGCUCCGCCUCUACUCUGCCUCCGGGUUUUUCCUCCUUCUCGGACUGGUCAUCUUGGCCAUCGGUAUCGGCAUGGCAACACUGGGUUACUGGCCGCACAGUGAAACCAUGCCCUCUGGCCCACCGGCCAAAUUGGCGACUGGAGGAGGAUCUAAGAUAGGAGCUAAAACAUCUGCCACAGGUGAAGGAAAUGGAGCCAAGAUGGCCGUCACAGAGGAGGACGUGGCUAACUCCAGCACGAGUCACAAUGUGCAAGGUACGCCCUCCAAGCAGACUGGGGGUGUUCUGACGCGGUUCCUGGAACAGCAUCUUCACUCCGAGAGGAUGAAGAUGCUCGGGCCUUUCACCAUGGGCAUUGGGAUUUUCAUCUUCAUCUGUGCCAACGCCAUUCUUCAUGAAAACAGGGACAGGGAAACAAAGAUAAUCCACAUGAGAGACAUGUACUCCACAGUCAUUGACGUCCAUCGCCUUAGGCAGAGAGAGCAAAAACAACACCAUCACCGCAAUAGCACCUAUGCAAGAGAAGCUGGGGAUCUUCGAGCCUUUGGAGCUGAAAACGCAGCACGACUGGCCAGCAACUCCCUCCUCGCAUUCUCCUCUCGGGCCGGAAGCGGAGGGUCCACAGAGGAGGAAGAGGUGCUAUUAGGGGACGAGGAGUUUCACAGACACAGGGGGCAGGCUAAGUUGGAUUGUGGCUUUGCGGGGCUGCUGGCGCCGCUCUACAAGGAUCGCCCCUUCUGCGGCCCAGGGCUGGGGUUCGCUCGCUCGGAUUCAGUGCGCCACCAGUGGUCAGUGGACAGAGAUGGGGAGAAAGGAGGACACCAUGCCCGCUCUAUUGUGUCCUCCUCUAUCUCUGCAUUUACUCUCCCUGUUAUAAAACUCAACAACUGCGUUAUUGACGAACCGGAGAUGGAGGCAAUUACUGAGGAGGACAGAGGAGGAAGUAGAACAGACAGAGAAAGGUCACAGCCUCUGAGCUCGAUGGAGUCUCUGGUGAUUCCUGUAGCAUCUGUUGCUAAGGCCUCCAAACCGCCGAGCUUACACCGGAGUCACUCCGCCUCCUCCUCUCACUGCUCCUCUGUCUCCUCUUGUUCCCUAUCCCCUGCUCCCUCCUCUACCUCAGGCUGCUGGCUCUCCCCAGGAGCAGCAAGGAGCGACUUUGGCUCCAACUCUUCUCUGCACAUACUCAGCAGCCACUCCAAGUCUCUGGACCUGGAGCGCGGGCCGAGCAUGCUCAGCGUGCACCCGGAGCAGCGGAAGCACCCCAGCUGGCCGCGCCUCGAUCGUAGCAACAGCAGCCGCAGUAAUGGUGGCAACCGGGGCAGCAGUAAAGGCUACAUGCGGCUGGAGGACAGGGAAGAGCAAGGGGAGCGGCUGUUAGAGGUGUCACCGUCUCUGACAGUGACGCGCGACUACAGUAAGCGGGAGAAGCUGCUAAUGAUAUCUAGGUCGCACAAUAAUCUGAGCUUUGAGCAUGACGAGUUUAACAGCAGCACACUGAAGAGAGGGAGCUCUGAGACUCGAUUCUGAAGACCCUUAACUAAAGGUUAAAGACACUUCUAUCCUGUUCUGUAGAUUACUCUCCAGACAGUAGUGACAGAGUGUACAGUGCGUUUGCGGCACACAAACUGUUGAGUUUAACAGCUGCACCCUGGAGAGAGGAAACUCGAACGUGGUUUCAAAGACACUUCACUGAGCAUCAGGCUGGAGAGUAGUCAAUAAUGGACAUUCUUGUUCAUGCCUCAUGUCAGUAAGACACUAGAUGCCGACUGUACCAGAGGUGCUGUAGCUGAGCCUGACCUGUGACCUCUGUGGAGGGAGGGAAAUGAAAAGAGAAGUUCAUCAUCUGUCUACUUUAUACAGACAUAGUUCUAAUAAAGUUUUAAGAGGAUCUCAACCCUGAGACAAUGCUUUAGGAUCGAUACUGUUUCUUUGUAACAGGCUUUGAAAUGAGCUUUUCUUAAAGUCUUACACGGUUUCAUUCCAGCAGCCGCCGGCUAAGUCACCUCAGCGGGUAGGAGUAGCACAAGGUCAAAUCUUUUUAUCUUCUUUUAGGCCUAGGUACAACCCGAGGAAUGAGCAAGAGAAGAAGCUCUAAGACAUUAAUCGUAAUAUUAAUAUUUGCUCGUGCGGCCCCUUUGAAAACAAAGUUUGCUAAAUAGCGUUGUAAAGAGAGACUAAGACAGAUCAUUUUUAACUAAUCUACUGGUCUUGGCAUACUGCAGCGACAAGGCUCUAAAGUCGAAAAAGAUAGAUUUUAGUGGUAAAGUAUUUGUUUGAAUCAGAAAUACUUUAUUGAUCCCCGAGGGGAAAUUCUGUGCUCCUUGAAAGGUGGUUUAUGUAUGUUUGUUUCUGUCUCAUCCUCAGAUUGUAGCAGAUGUAGAGUUCAACACAAAGAGCAAAGUAAGACAAAACCAGUUACUAUAAUAUCAAUACACUACAGGACAGAACAAGUUUAAAUCUAGAUGCCAGGCUGCGAAACACAAUAAUGGAGUCUGUGUUGCCCUGCAGUCACAAUAACAUUGCCCUUUCCCAGGAACUAUAGAGAGAAGUUUUGUUGUGUCCUACUGAAAACUAGAAUUAACAAUCUGUGUCUAUAGCUCUGCUACAAAGAUUUAACUUUGAUUUCACUCAGGUAUGCAAUCUAUAAUUCAUAUUAAUUUUUGUCGAACUAUUCACAAACCUAUUCAGUAUUAGCGAAUAAUAUUGGAGUACGACCUAACGUAUGAUAAAGUGGGGUUGGUACUAAUUAUUUUCAGCACUGUCAAUCACAAAUUUACCAGAGGUCAAAGAAAUUCUCAAAACAGUUUAACAUUUCUAACAGUCAAAAACCCAAAGUUCAAUUUACGAAUAAUCACAUUCAAAGCAUGUCCACUUGAUAAAUGACUUGACUGAUCUGCAUUGUCAUUGAUUCAUUUUAAUGAAUUAUGAACACAUGCUUGGCUCUGCACUAUUGAAAAAACAAUUUAUUUUGUGUUAUCUUCAUAAAUCUAGGGGGUUAUAAUAUUAAAUGAAAUGACAUUUUUAAAAAUCUAUAACAGCUAGGGCUGAACGAAUUUUAAAAACGAUCUAAAUGCAAUUAUUUAGAAUGAUAUUGCAAUUGCUAUAUAAUUUGCAAUAUCAGAGGAAAUGAUCAUUUUUACAUAAUUAUUCAUCAGAAUCAGCUUUAUUGCCAGGUAUGUGUACACAUACGAGGAAUUUGACAAGUACUUUGAUAAGUAUACGUAUUUUGUGUAGGAGUAAUGACUUGAGGUAGGUGGAUUUGGUAUAGUAGGCCAUUCGACUAAUUGUAGAGCCCUAGUUACAGCAUAGCUAUCUGCUCUGUAAAUCAUAUGUCUUGUGUUCCUCUUUGACAAAAAAAAAAAAAAAAAAA